AGGCGUGCGGCCCGGUACCUCGCAGGACGAUGGCGGUGGUGGUGGCCCACAAUAAUGGCCUGCGCUGCAAGCCCGCACACACAGAGUCAGGGGCCAAUCCCCCGCCGCCCCCACAGCCAGCGGCCGACUGUGCUUGCUGCUGCCCGAUAUGAGCACCAAGCUCGGAUACUCCCACCCGUCUCGAGACCCCCCAAGCACCAGCCCGACAGGGGGUGUUUGAUCGAUCUCGUCCCCCGCAGACGUGUCGUGCACGGCUGGCAGCUCCUGGACACUGUACCAGCCCUGCGUGUCUGCAACCUCUGAUCGCCGGCAGUUGCUGUCCUCGGCCGUCUUCUGAAAAAGAAGAAGCAAUAAAAACCCUUCGCCCGCAUCAACGACGAGCCAGCCUCACCCAGACGUCAGCACCACCCUUCGCCCCCACGCACCGCUCCUCUGUCCACAUCCCCCCUGCGACCAGGGCGGGGAAUCAUGAUCAGGGCGAGGUAGGCCACCGCUGCUUGCUCCAAGGGCCGCAUCGCCAUGACGGGUGACGCCGGCCUCGUGGGGUGCCUCGUGGAGAGGCUCGCGACGCGGCUCCCCCACCGCACCGGCACCCGCAGCGAAGACGAUCUUAGCCAGGACGAGAUCGUCGGCAUCACGCGCGCGACCCUCGUCAAGCUCAGCGCCACCUCGAUCGUCCACGUCCUCGACGCCCUACUCGGCCUCCUGACCGAGCUCGCCCGCCCCUACACCAGCGUGGCUGCCCACCCCACCCAUGUCCUCCUCUCCGAGUUCUACAUACUGGCCCUGAUCGCCGACUGCUGUGCCCACCACUGGGCCUCGGUCGGGCGCAAUGGUCGCGCCUCUCCGCUGUCCACUGACGAUGGCUUUGACGAACCACUGCUGCUCCCGCGCAACAUCGCCUCCCUGCCCGCACCCCAGCCCUUGCCCGACGCUCUGGUGACCAGGAUAUUCGAGUUCAUCAAGCUCUUUUUUGGCCCAUUGCCCGAUGGAUACGUCCUGCCCGCCAAGACGCUGCUGGACGAGACCCCGGGCUCCCUGACGCCCGCUCCAGGCGAAUCCGACGGCCCAAAGUCGGUCCGUUCUGGCCGCUAUGGCGACGACGUCGACAGCACCGGGCUCAUGGACAUGAAUGCGCCGGCCAUCGAGACGAACGUCAAGACCAUCGUCGAGUUUGUGACGGCAACGAGCUGGCCGGCCGCGUUCGAUUACUUCCGGAACGUCAUAUACACCCUCCGCGCCACUGCUGGCCCGGUGCAGGGGCCGCCUAUAUCGAGCCUGGUGGCGGCCGAUGAGGAGCGAGCUGCGCUCGUGAUCCUGCGCCUGGUCGCCUACUUCUGGGUUGAUGCCAACAAGCUGGGUCAGAUGAUCCAGGAGCUGUGUUCGAGCUUCUUGCACUUCCGCAAGCACUUCCAGAACACCGUCGCCGUCGUUGCGCCCCUCCUCAUCUCCCGCUGGCUCGACCGGUUUCCCGACGAGUUCGUCCAGCUGCACACCAUGCACAAGCGACUGGACGGCGGCGCCGACACCCUCUUUGAUAUGACACAUACGGUGGUGGACAACGCCCGAAGACGCGCUCUGCUCUACCCCUUGCAGACUACGCUUCUGUUCUUGCUUCCAGACGUCUUUGAGGUCGCGAGCAACCUCCGCGAGGCCAAGAGCGGCAGCAUGUCCAAGAAGGUCGGCUUCCUCGAUAGCCUGAGAAAGGCUCUGCGUAAUAGGAACGAGCAGGCCGCCUAUUGUCUCGUGUCUUUGCUCCGCGCAGCCCGCCACUUCAGCGCCGAGAGCGACUCGGCCUUGCUGAGCUACGCCAUGGACGUCCAGGACGAGGUCCGCGACGCCGUCUUCCGCAAGGUACACGGCGCCGAUGCUUUCAUGUUCGACCAGGAUAUCCUGACCGCCGCCUUCGUGAGCCUGGCGCAUCUCAACUUUGAAAUAUGCGUCGAGUCCCUGUGCCUUACUUGCCUGGCCCCUGCUGCCCCUCACGGAUUCAAGAUCGCGGUGAUUCAGACCUGCUCGCACUUUGCCCGUCUGCGGGACAACAAGAGGUAUCUCCGUCUCUUCGCUGCGGCGGCUCCCUUCAUACAGGGCCAGAUCACGACUAUCUCAUCACAGUUCACCGAGAUGCUACUUGGAAACCGUGGCGCCUGGAACAGACGCUCGGAUCACAGCACGUCCAUCAUCAUGUUGUGCAAUAUUCUUGAAUUUCUGAACGCCUCACCCAUGACCCUCUUCUCGGGAUCGCCUGAUGGCACGGAUGAACGGAACAGCUUCUUCGAGGACAAUUUUGAGUCCCUUUUCUCGUGCAUGGUCGUCGCCGACGAGGCUGUUAGGCAAGCUGCUGUCGGAGUCGCAAAGCGUCUUUUCGCCGAGGAAAAUGUCCUCGAGUCAAUCAGGGCCUCCAAGAGGCUCGGGUCAAGAGACUUCAAGCGAAAAUUCUGGCGGUUAACGUCUCUUGUACUGUCCAACAUGUGUGACAAUCUUCCCAGCGAGGACCCUGCUUCGGACCUGAGGGUGAUCCACAACUUUCUAGAAUUGAGGCUUCUGCUCCUCACAUAUGUCAAGGAAAUGGACGGGCUCGUGGAUGAUGUGCCAGAAAGAACAGCUGCGUACACGAGGCUCGAGACUGCCCUGUUGGUAUCGCUAUGCUCGGCGGAUAUCGACAUGUGCCAGCUGGUGACUUCCUGCUUUGGUCGAUUCCUGGAGGAAUGCCGUGUUAUCGAUGUUGGGUCGGAGGCGAACAAGCCAUCGCUGCCACUCCUCCGCAACGGGGAGGUCUUUUCCGAGAUAUCUUCUCGCGGAUUCCGCUUCACCGGGCUGGUGGCGUUCCAAAAGCGGAUGCGCGGCUUGCUGCGGCGCAUGCAAUACCCCAGUGCUGGCAUCCUGGAUGCUUGGGAGAUCGGAUUCGAAAAGUGGCUGCACCUAUCCAAGGACGUAUCGACGGCGUCGGCAGAGACUGUAUCGGAAAAGACGGUGGCUGAGUGGCGAAACUUCUCGGGCUUCCUCGCGUCGCUGGGCGGCAUCUGCAUUGCUGAUCAGGCGGCCGUCCUGGAGGAGCCUGUGAUCAGCGGUCUUCGGUGGAUUGACAGGCUGUCUUCCGAGAACCACGAGGAGCCGCUGCUCAACAGGUAUCUGAGAUUAAGCAUCCAGCUGCUGGCAUGCCACAGCGUCAAAGUCAGGGAGACGAUGCGGGAGGUGCUGUCGACCGAGGUGUCCCCUUCGCUUUACCAGCCGCUCUUCAAGGCUCUCGAGGCUGAGCUUGACAUACUCUUCACGGGCGCCUUAGAGCAGUCGGUCAAGGACCAGGAUAGCGAGAUUGUGUUUGCGGAGCAGUCGGCCUCGCUCCUGAGGGCCCUGGUGGAGAGGCUCGAUACCCCUUCCGACCUGGGAGCUGCUUCGUCGGUCCACCUGGGUGCCCUCACCCUGAACUUUGCCAAAUUCCUGGACAGUGUCUCGGACAGCCCUAGCAGCCUCCGGGUCAAGAUCAAGAUCUGCCAGCUGUGUGAGGCGGUCACUAGGAGAAAGGAGCACCUCAACCUGAGGGACGACGUGCGCAUCCGAAACCAGCUCCUGGAGUACAUCUUUGGCUGGAUUGCGCGUCCCCGAUCGCCCCGUGCCGAGUCUGUCAUGUACGGGGGCGGCAGGCAAGACGAGAUGUCACGGGUGCAAAAGGACCUCGACAAGGCAUGCCUCAAGUCGCUAGCCGAGCUCACUUUCCGCCUGCCCCUCCAACCAGGGGACGGGCAGACAGACGCUGGGACAAGCGAGCUGAAGUCGCAGAUGUUCCACACGUACUUCAACCGCUUCCUGUCGCUCCUCAACCUGGAGUCGGCCGACACGGUCGGCAGGGGCGACCACUCGCGCGACGACAAUGCGUCCAGCUCGGAGCUCGCCAUCACAAUUCUGUCGAACCUCUUGAGUGCCAACAUCGAUGUCGGGCUCAAGCACUCCCUCAGCAUCGGCUACCACGAAAACGUCGACAUCAGGACGGCUUUCGUCAAGGUCCUGUACAACAUUCUUGUCCAAGGCACCGAGUUUAGCAACCUGUCGGAUGCUGCGGUGACUGAGAAGUACGACGAGCUGCUCGAACUGCUCACUCGGGACACAACCUUGGCUGUUGCCAUGAGUGCCGUCUGCCCAAGCAGCGAAGUGGACGAGCUGACAAUAUCGCUCUUGAACAUUUUUGAGAAGCGGGGCCGCAGCUUUGUUCUGAUCGAGGCCUUGAUCAAACAGGAGAUCGAAGAUACAGAAAAUGAAUCUGAGCUUCUCCGAAGAACAUGUGUUGCCACCAAGAUGCUUUCUGUGUUUGCAAAAUGGAAGGGCUCGUUGUAUCUCAAGGCAACCCUACAAAAGGUCGUCGAGAGACUGAUGCUCACGUCCAAGGAUCUGGACCUAGAACUGGAUCCCGCCCGUGUUGGCUCGCAGGAAGAGCUGCAAAAGAACGCGCUGCAACUUCGCAUUGUUGCCAAGGUGUUCAUAGACGACAUUUGCGCUUCGUCGACCAGCAUCCCGGCAUCGUUUCGCAAGAUUUGCAGCAUUAUAUCCAACGCAGUCAUGGCAAGAUUCCAAGAAUCAAAAUACACUGCGGUGGGCGCCUUCAUCUUCCUCCGCUUCUUUUGCCCGGCCAUCGUGGCACCCGAGGUUGAAGGUCUCGUCUCGACCUCGCCCUCCAAAGAAAUGCGGCGAGGGCUGCUGCUCAUCGCCAAGGUCAUACAAAACCUGGCCAACAAUGUUCUGUUUGGCGCAAAGGAGCCUUACAUGUUCCCUCUCAACGACUUUCUGGCCCAGAAUAUAUACAAGAUCACCACCUUCCUGCGAGAGAUUUCGGUGCCUCCUGAUGUGCUAGACUCGAGCACCGGCGGCGAGUCGUUCGACUUUGGGUCCUGCGUGGCCCUGCACCGCUUCCUCUACGACCACUGGGACCACGUACGGCAACGGCUCGUCUCACGCGAGAGGCGGGAAUACGUUCGCUCGCCAGCCGAGAGCACGCGCGGGCGAUCGCCCGUGCUCGAGCCGCUGCGCAGCCUGAUUACCAACCUAGGCCCGCCUCCGAUGGCUGUGACCUGGAACCGGCCCCUGAUCUCGGCCAACAGCCCGCCAGCCUACUCCCGGUUCCAGGACUUCAUGCUGCGGAAUGCCUUCCGGAGCACAGAGUCCUUUGUGACAGCCCGAGCUGUUUAUGACGGCGGAGAGAGCAAGGAUGGGCUUUCAAUAAUCUGCGUGAUCCUGCGCAACAUUGAUGCCGAAUCCAUCGACUAUGACACUCUAAUCUACUGCUAUCUCAAGAUUGCAAGUAGAUUGUGGCAUCGUCCGUUUGGGUUGCUCAUCGACGCGACAUGCUACAACGGCCAGAGCGAGCCGCAGGACGAGCUGUUCCAGAAGCUAGAACUCCUCAUGCCUAUCGAGCUUUCAAGGCAGCUGUCUAGGGUCUACGUCUACAACAUGAACAGCGCCUUUCGCAAAUGCUUCCGGCGGGUGCUUCGCAUGGCCACCAAGAACGAGGCGAGCGUGUUCAACCCGCGCAACGUCGAGUACCAUCUCAUCGGCAGCCUGCAGGAGCUCCAGACGCAGUUUCACCUCAGCCAGCUGCACCUCCCCAAGGAGACCAUCAGCGUCGUGACGGACACACGCUACGUGUUCCAGCCCAUCACCAAGCUCUCCAAGUCCAAGGGCAAGGUCGAUGUGGUGAUCAAGGUCGGCAGCCAGUUCGUGCAGGUCACGACGGCCAAGAAGCAGGAGGUGUACCAGGGCCUCCGGCUGAGCACGACGGUCAACGACAUCUUCCGGCUGGGCGAGGUGGACGAGGCGCCGACGUCGAUCCAGACCGAGGACGACUCGGCGUUUGGGCUGCGGGCCGACAGCGGCAAGAUCGUGCUGUACUUCAUCAGCCCCAAGAAGACGGACGUGCUGCAGGCGAUCCACAGCGCCAAGGCCAAGUACGGCAAGGACACGCGGUCGCUCAAGUCGUUCGAGCGGCUAAUCCGGCCGCAGGACGUGCCGGGAACGCUGCUCAACCUGGCGCUGACCAACCUGGCGAGCCCCGACCACGUGCUGCGGCUCUCGUCGUACAAUCUGCUGGGCGCGCUUUGUCUGGCCUUCAAGUUCACGGCAGCGUCGCGGCUGAUGUGCACCAAGGAUAUUGCCGUGCCGCUGGACCCAACGCACUUUGUUGUUGGCAUCAGCAAGCAGCUGGCACGCACCGAGCCGCAGCUGACGGCCGACUUCCUCAACGAGUUCUUUGUUGGCUGGGACAGCUUCUCGGAGGAGCAGAAACCAUUGAGCCUGGCCUACAUGGCGCCCUGGCUGCCGGGCCUGCGCACGUCGCUGCUGGCGUCGGAGCCCGAGGGUGACAAGGGCCGCGACAAGAUCGCAUCGCUGUUCCGCAAGCUCAUCGACGUGACGGUGGCGGAUCCCACGCUCAACUUUACGCUCGAGCACGUGGUGUGGCCGUGCAUCCACGCCGACGAGGUGCUGCUAGACAUCCUGCUCGACGAGAUCAUCAAGACGGCGCUGAGCCUAGGCCUGCACGACGAGCAGACGGAGACGCUGACAUGCAUCGUCACGGCCAUCGGCACCAUCACGCUGCGCGGCAAGAUCAUCUCGCGGUUGCGCAAGGCCCUCAACCGCUCGUCGCUGCGGCCAACCAAGUACCUGCCCGACAACGCCGUGUGGUCCGAGGUGUGCGUGCUGCUGCAGUUCUGUGUGUCGCUGUCGUUCGACAGCGGCGUCCAGUCGCAGCUGUACCUGCCCGAGAUCUUCCACGUCGUGACCAUGUUGGCCAACACGGGCUCACCAGACGUGCGCCUGCUGGUGCACCGCCUCCUUGUGAACUCGGUACACGCAGCCUGCACCUCGUUCGCCCUCGACGAAGCCCGGCUCAACCGGCUGCGAGCCGCCCUGGAAGCCUUCUCGGAGCCGCGCAACGACAUUUUCUCGACGCCGAACCCCUUGCCUCUGGCGCGCGACGGCGCCUCCUUCUCGACCUCACAGGAGGCCGGGCCGACACUGGCGGCAACAGAAAACCUAGCAGCGCAGCUGUUUGAGAUAUGCUCCAUCGCAGCGCCGUCUACAGAUGCGGCCAACGCCUGGAGGUCGCGGUGGAUGAGCCUAGUGGCCAGCACGGCGUUCCAGAACAACCCGGCCAUCCAGCCGCGGGCCUUCACCGUCAUGGGCUGCCUAGCGCGCGAGGAGGUGGACGACGACCUACUGUACCAGGUGCUCGUGGCCCUGCGCAACAGCGUGGGUCGGUUCGGCGAGGACAGCAACAGCGAGAUGAUGGUGGCCAUCGUCACGUCGCUCUCCAAGAUGAUGGCCAAGCUGCCGUCGGCGUCGCGAUACGGGCUACAACUCUUUUGGCUGGCCAUGUCGCUGCUGCGGCUGGUGCCGCCGAGCCUGUUCAACUGCACCGCCAUCUUUCUCGAGUCGGUGCUGACCAACAUCAACACGUCGGCCGACAUGCGGGGUGACAGGAUGGCGCCGUAUCUGCUGCAGGGGCGGGCGCAGCUCGAGGAGGCGACGUUGCCACUGGAUGACGCCUACGGGAUACACUUUACCAGCGAGACUUUCCACUUUGCGGCGUGCGCCUGCCUCGUGCGGGGCCUGACCGACACGGUGACCAAGUCGACGGCUCUGCGGGUGCUCUCAACCUUUCUCGAGAUGACGAGCUGGAGGCCGUCGCUGGCGGAGCGGGCGGCGGGCGACGUCCUGCGCUCGCCCUACAUGGCGCUCACUCUGGCGCGCGCCGCCAGCCGCGAGGAGGUCAAGGACAGCUUCUGGGUGGCGGGCGUCAACCCGACGGGCCUUGAUCGGUCGGCAAGCAUCCGCAACGUGCGCGACGUGGCCACCAUGAAGGACAAGGACCUGCUGCUCAACACGGCCAUCGAGCUCGUCGACUUUCAGUAUCUCGAGGACGCGAUACAGAACCGGACGCUGCGCUGGCUCAACGAGCUCGCCGUGGAGCGCACUGGCGUGAUAGCCCGGCUAUCGAACCCAAUCAUCUCCAUCCUAGACAGCAUCCUGCUAAACUGCCAAAACUCGUCGACGCUUGAGUCGGCGCAUCUGCUGAUGCAGACGCUCAGCUCCAGCGGCAUCGGGCUCGAGUCAUCCAGCAUGCUCGAUGACAUACUCGACGAGCUCGGGUUCGGGGGGCUGUGGUCGUGCUCCUUCAACCUGGCGCAGGAGAACACGCCGAGCGAGGCCUUUGGGCUGACGGAGAAGCUUAUCGAGCUGAUCAUCAUAUAGCCGUCACCUAUUUUGUCCCUAUAUGUGGCGGGCUGUUGCCACGACAUAUCACCACACAUACACACCACACACACACACGACACCACCACGCCAACUAUAGCAGCGCACCAACAAAGCUAUCAAACAAACCACUUUGGCUGCCGCCGCCCGAGUCGGCCUUGAUUAUUGUUUUACUUUUACUUAUUUGUCAAGCCGCACCGAGAUGAUUUUGAUGUACCCCAUGUAGUGUGUGUGUGUGUGCCUUGGGCAUCACUUUCUGCCUUUCUUGUCCUUUUUUUUGUCUUUGGUUGUUUGUCGCGAGUGCGGAGAGGGCGAAAUGCGGAAACAAAAACGUGAAGUGAAAUCUACAUGCAACGAUGAAUGAGGAGAUCUGUGCGCUUGGCAGAUUCCGGCCUGAGCGGCAGCCGGACUAGACACACAAAACGCAGACGACACGAGGCAUUUUAUCUACGUUAUGGAGCGGGAUCGCGGAUCGAAAUGGGGAGGAAGGAGGAAGGGGUCAGAGGCCCCGAGUUGGAUACUACUGCUACUGCUAGGUACUGUUGGAUUGGAAACGAACACAUGUGGAGAGACCAAGAACGGAUCAAAAAGUGCCUUCCGCCCGCAAAGGAGACAGACAUGUCAGACGACGGGGUGUGGUGCCAAGAUGGGGCACGAUGGAUGUUUGACGCCAUGUCUGUUGCGAGUUAGGUUGGUCGGUUGGUUGGUUGUCUGGUGAUUGAGAGAGGGGGGGAGGCAGGCAUAGAUGGACAAGGAGAAAAGUGACGGCAAAAUAUGCCGCGGCAUCAUGUAAAACAGAGAAAAGGAUGUGCGAGUGAGCCGAGCCAAUGGGCAAAAGGGAGGUAGGUAUCGUGCGGCGUGUGGGCUCGGACACCUUUUUCGCUGCUAGUAUUUCAUCAUUCCGUCAUGGGCAGGUUUCCUUCAAUGGCUGGCAUGUACGGUUGCGCGUGCUUUGGUGUGGUGUGGUGGAUGUAUUAUGUGGUCAUUGCAUCAUCAAAAA